AAAAUAUAUAUUUGUGUGUUUGUGUUUAUUUGCCUGCGGGCACGAGGCACAGCCGGCGGGCUGCGCUGCUGCGGGGAGAAGGAGGCGCCGUGCCCCGUGGCCGCGCGGCAGUCGUACUGUUUUUUAGCUUCACGUUGUGUGUUUCUCCCAAAUGCCGUGGCACCGCCAAAGACGUCUGCGUGGGGCGGGGGCGGGAUGAAUUUCUUUUCGUGCGGCUGCAGGGCGCCGCUGCGUGAACUUAGUGGGCCGCCGCCUUUUUCUUCCCUCCCUCUCCCUGCCCUCACUCUCUGCGCCGCACCCCACCGCGCUCCCCAUUUCUCUCUCUGUUUCUUCUUCGCCGCUGCCCCGCAGCCCACUGGCUCCGCUGCGACGCUGCUGCCAACACCACCACCGCUGUUUUUACUGAUGGCGCUGACGGUGCGGCGCCGUGCGGUGUGCGCCCUGGCGCUCCUUGCGCUGCUCUGCUCCUCCUUUGUGUGCGGGGCGACUAAUGCGAAGGAGGAGGAGGAGGUGAAUGUUUCAGUGGAUGUGUCGUGCCCGAACGCUGCGAAGAAGUUGCGUUGGCGCAUUGCUGAUAAGAGUAAUUCUGACUGGAAUGAAUGUCCGCAGGCAGUGAAGAGUGCGGGGAGCAUUGAAGGCGAUGCUUACCGUAAUACCCUCUGCCACUUUGCCGGAUCGGUGUACAUGUGGAAGUUCCCGGCGGGGGGCUGCCCUGCAUCCCAGCCAGCAGGGGGCACAGACGUUGUUGCGUUCACGAUGAACUGUACGGCGGCCGCAAACAGUGCGCUGCACAAUCUGUCGAAGGGCGUAAGCGACACCCUCACCAUCAAUGCAACGGAGAAUCCACUUGGCGCGUCCGGCUUUUGUGAGUUUCUGACCCCCAGCCAACCCGCGGCUGAAGCGCAGUCUGAAUCCCAAUCUACCGGAAAACAGCAACCAGCAGACCCACCACAACAAUCGGCAGGUGCAGCAGCAGCGUCAUCUUCGGCGCGAACUCAUGAAGGAGACCGUACGAGGAAUGGGGGCUCCACUGCUACUGUUGGGGACCAGCCAGCCACCGUGGCGGGACCCACCGGAAGUCAGGAACAAUCGGCAGAAGGUCCUCAGACAACACCAACGUCGUCGGUUGACACUGCGGCUUCGUCAGCACAGACAGCAGACAGGGCAGCCGAUGCACCUGGAGGUACACAAACACCUUCAACCCCCCAAGACCGAUCUGGCACGCCCAACGCCGCCCCUGCCUCCGGCGACAAUGAAGGAACCACCACUACUACUACUACGACGGCGACCACCCACAGUUCGAGUGAUGGGAACGACGCGAAAAGCAACGCGGACGGCAGUGCCAUCAACAGCAACGCCACUCAGAAGGCCGUGGCAAACGCUGCGGAUCGCAGUGCCACCUCCACUUUGUUUGUGCGUGCACCUCUCAUGCUGCUCCUCACGGCUGCCCUUGCCUGCGCUGCUGGGUAA